UGGAGAACAUCCAAGGGUGGAGCUGACAGUGGAAGUGCAAGAUAGAGCCUGCACCCGUUGCUCUUUUGCUGAGUUGCAACGUGGUUUUGGGAGCAAGCGGCCAGUAUUUGUAAGCCUCUCGCAUGCCGUGCAGCUUUGUGAGAGAUUUGCUGAGCCCACCAAACCGCUGGCCGCCAACAUGCUGAGUGCCACCGUGUGGCUGAUGGCCCUGCUGGGCCCGGCGCAAGGCUGGGGCCCGUCGCCUGAUGACAACGCCGCCGCCGAGCUCCCGUGCGGCCUCUGCUUCCGCGGGCAGACGCUUCCCCAGCACCAGGGCUGGACGGCGAGCCCUCGGUGUCACAAGACGCCCGGGGGCCACAACUUUGCUACCCUGUAUGGGCUCGACUGCGACACGGCCAUCGCCUUGGCCCUCCGUCUCAGCAUUGGGUGGUCGCAAGAGGCAGAAGAGCUUGCGGCAAUAGAUGAGGAAGGAGUCCAAGUCUUCAUACCAGCACUUCUCCGAGGAGGCGACCGUGCGCCUUCAUCGACAGACUCUCUCCUCCAACGCUGGGAUUGGGUCGUCUCCACGCCGGUCCGCUCCAGCGUCGUCCCAUUGUGCAGAUCUCGAGGCGGGGAGCUCUACCUUCUCACCGCGGCCGAGGGGUGUCAAGCGGGACCACUAUGGUCCGUGGCGUGCUGCUCCGUCCCGAGCGGCCACGGCGACUUCGCCGUGGGCUUCGUCAGCGAGACGCUCGACGAGGGCGACAGCGUGCGCCGAGUGAGUGCCGAGGAGCUGCAGGAGCUGCUGGCGGUAGACGAGCUGUUCCCCGGAGGCUGCGGGAUACCAGACAGAGCCGAGGCCAAAGCACAAUACUACGGGGAAGAUUUGGACUGCACUCACGCGGACUCGUGUGCGGGCGAGUCGGAUCCGGGUGGCGCGGAUGUGGCAGAGGAGUUCGCCGUGGAGUCGGAGAGCGGCGGCGUUGGGCAGGCUGAUGAGAGGAGCUAUGUGCAACAUGCCGAGGCCAAAGCGCAAUACUACGGGGAAGAUUCGGACUACACUCAAACGGACUCGUAUGCGGGCGAGUCGGAUGCGGGCGGCACGGAUGUGGCAGAAGAGUCCGCCUUGGAGUCGGAGAGCGGCGGCGUUGGGCAGGCUGAUGAGAGGCGCUAUGUGCAACACGCCGCUGAACUCACGGACCAGGCGGACAGCAACUCCAGCAGCAUUGUGCUCUCCGUCUUCUCCACUGCUUUGGCCAUCCUCAAAGCGCCGCUCAGGCCCAUCUUCUCCAGAAUCACACAGUUCCCUGGACAGGUGACGUACGUUCUCCAAGAAGACCUCAGCGUCCUCGCCGCCCUCCCGGGAGACUUCUUCUCCCUCUUCUACCUCUUGACGUCAGACCUGUUGUCAUGGAUACGUUGGGUUGCCGAGACGCUGCUGGACCUCCUGAUGAACUGCGUCUACGACCUCUACUACUGCGUCUCCUCCAUUCUGGCGGUGCUGCUGACCAGCUGCUACACGGGGUUCACCGGCGUGGGGACGCUGGCCGGCGACACGGUUGGGAUAUGCGGGAACACCCUGGGUAAAACCUGGCGGGUGAGCAAGUUCUUCGGAGGGCGUCUCCUGAAGCAGAGCGGCGGCUACGCCGGGACAUUGGCCACGGAGAUGGGGGCUCAGGCACUCGCCCUGGGUGGGGGGACGGGCCGGCUGGCGUGGAGAAGCAUUGCUGGGGUCUUCAACGUGUUCAUUAUGGGUGGAAGUACCGUCAUCAGUGUGGUGGAUGUGGUGUUUGGGGCCUUCACGGAAGGUUUUGGAAGGGAGAGGGAAACGACGCCGGUCCACACCCAUUUGUCAGAGACCGAAUAGGAACAUUUUCGAGUGCUUUGGUUUUUCUUGCACCGGAAACCUAAUUGACAAAGCAUUUAUCAUGUAGAGAACUGCAACUCAGGUUCAUUGCGCGCUGCAUUAAAGUCCCCCAAUCACUGUGACACCUUUACAGAAUCACGUCAAAGCCAAAAGGUAAACAGACCUGCAUUGACUUUUAUUGGACGCACAGAUUCGCGUUAGCUUCUACUAAGUGACGCACACGUAAUUGCUGUAUAAAAUUGGUAGCGGUGGGUGGGGAAUUUCUGAUUGGUGGCGUGUCCAUGCGC